AUGUACGACCAUGUACAUGUCAUGCAGCUGAAGAGUUAUAGUUUGGAUUUUGAUAUGGGUCGUAGUUAUAUGAUAUUGGAUGGUGAAAAGACGCUGAUGAAAAGCUAUGCAACUUCACGGUACAUACUUUGUAAAUUAUGUUGGGAAAGUGGAGAUCUAAAUAGGAUGGAAUGGAUUCUGUGGUUGCUAGGCAUUUCAAAUGAAAAAGAAUUGGUUGAACAGUUCCAAUUCUACGAGCAGACAUGGAGUUGUCAUAUACCUACUGGUUGCAGGGUGGAAAAGUGGAACAAGAACAAUAGGGGCUCGGUAAUAAUGGUCCAAUGUUUAUUUUGUGAAGCAGAAUCAGGAAACUAUUGUUGCUCGUCGUGUGAUCGGAUGACGUGUGGUCAAAAGUUUGGUCGACUGCUUCAGUAUUUGAAAAAUGCACGGGAAGAGAGUUUUAUCGGCAUGUUCUUCAUUCUUUUGUUGAAGGAAUUAAGCAGAUGGAUGUGUACAGAAUGUGGUUGGAUUUUUGUCCAAAUGAUUCUUUUGGCAUCAGUGGACGUUCGUCAUCUUGUUCCAGCAGACAUUCCUGGUGAUGGAAAUUGUCUCUAUCACUCUGUUCUGCUUCUGAUGAAUAAUUCUGUAAUGACGUCAAGCGAGUUACGAGUCCACACUAUUGUCGAACUCGUUACGAAUGAAGCAUUUUAUUCGCAUAGGUUUGCUUAUGCGGUUGGUCCUUUGGAUAUAGCUAUUAAAGGUGUGUGUAAAAAGAACACAUAUUCGGAAUUAUACGAAGUUGCCGCUCUAUGUACCGUGAUUAGCUGUAAUAUACGAAGCCUUUAUCCUGAAAUAGAUUUCAGAGUCGAUAUGGCUAUUAUGAAUAGUGUCUUUACACCGAUUCCACCGAUUAUUGCAAAGUAUGAAAUCAAAGUUUUGUGGUCAAAUGCCCGCAGUGAAGUCGAUAUACGAGCAACGAAUAAUAGUCAAUGGAGUCCGAACCAUUUUGUUCCUCUUAUGUCAUCAAAUACACGGUAUCAAGAUAUUAGUAGUAGUCAAAUAGAAUUAACUACUAAAAUAUAA